GGUAUCCAAACGACAAGAGAGUUAUUCUUACCAUCUGACACACCUGAGACUAUUGUUUCUAGAUUUCUGUGAGUAGGGUUGUCACCAGAUUAUGGAGGUGAUGCCUGGGUAUUUACGAUUUGAACCAACGAGGAUCCUUUCAACAAUUGUCCUAGGCUUCGAGGGACAACAACAGUGUUCAAGCUUUGUUUAUCAUUUAAGCUCCAAAGAGGAUAAGGUGCCAGCAUGCCAAGCUGAAAAGUAUCGAGAUACACAACGAAGACUCCUCAAUCAUUCCACGCUUAAUGAUGAUUAUGAGAAGGUACCUUAGUUCGUCCAAAGGAUUGGCGACUAGUCAUCCCGAACAUCGAUGAGAGCUCGUGUUUAAAGCGGGACAUCCUCACAGUGCGCAGUCUUUAAGUCAGGAUAGCUCCCUCAAUCGGCCCCCUUUCACCCG